AUACACACACCUAAAUUCGUACAACAACAACUUAAUUAAUUAGCCAUACCACACAUAUAUAAGAAGUUGCUAUGGCCUCAUCAAAAGUUUUCUUGAUUCUCAUUUUGGCUGCAGUAAUUGCAACCCCUGUUGCAUUAGCCCAGUUAGGAGGACUUCUGGGUGGCCUUCUUGCCCCAACAAGUAUAGAAGGGGUUCUAUUUUGUAGCCUUAACGGCAAAAUAGAUGUCCUCAAUGGAGCUACCACCCCAAUUUUCCCUAAUGCAUCGGUGCAAUUGCGGUGUGGAUCAGGAAAUGUAGUAUCAAGUACAACAACAAAUGGAUCAGGAGCGUUUUCGUUGGUGACGAGUCCUGUACAAAGUUUAUUAUCAUCCUUGUUGUCUGACUGCAACAUAGUGGUUACAACUCCGCUCUCAACAUGUAACGCUACCUUACCAUCCGUUGGGGUUCUGCAGGCACCUUUGCAGAUUGUUGGCAAAACCGCUGGUGGACUUCUUAAUAUUGUCAAUGUAGUUACUGGUGCUUUUCAACUUAUCAACUAAAUAAAUACUGCCCCUUUAUACUAUGUGUUACGUUAUUAAUUACAUUAAUUAAUGUUUCCUAGUGAUGCAUCAGCUAGUUAGUGUUGCUGCUGAUGGCAUAAAUAAGGAUUGUUCUUUCUGUCCACUCUAAUUGUUUGAAUGUUUGUCAUUAUACAAGUGCAAAUAAUGUUUGCAGUUAAGUGUAAUAUUACUCUA